CUGUAAACAGCACGGGCGCAUGUGCAGCCUGCGGAAAGGCUUCUUAAGAAAUAACGUUGCAUAUUUUUACUGAGCAAAAAUGUCCGAUUAAGUGCAUAUAAUAGCGAUGACUAGUAGCUAAUGUUUGCCAGUGACUGUAAACCCGUUUCAGUCUGAUUCUUGAAGCUAAAGUGUAAAACUCGUCAUGGACCGCUACAAUGAAGUGAAGGUUUUACUGAAAAACUGGGAGCAAGACUUCGUCAAACAGCACCAGAGGAAACCCAAUAAGGAGGAUAUUGAUCAAGCACCCGAGGAAACAAAGAAAUUAUAUAAAGAGUACAGAAGUUUGAAACAAUCUAAAGAAAACACCACCAGUCAGAGCAGCAGUGAAUCAGCUGAGCAGAGCACAUCUAAAGAGGACAGCUCAAACUCAAAGGAAACAGAUUGCUGGGGUUCACAUUUGAAUCGUAAGUCGCUGCCGGUUGCCUCUCCAAAACUCACAGCGCAGGACAAAGAUAAUCUAAAGGCUUCAGCACAGUACUACGGUCUUAAGAUCAAGUCUAAUUUAGUUGCACUUGGAAAGGAGAGGCCAGUGUCUUUAAAGAAAACUCCAAGUCGGACGCCGCUGAACUCUUUGAAAGAUGGACAAACUGCUCACACAAACAGCCCUGUGUCUACUCCUAAAUCAUCACUGUCCACACCUGCUCUGCUCAACCCCUUCUCUCCAAGACUUAACUCCAGCUCCCUGGCUUCAUGGUCAGUACCUUCUGAAGAACCUGAAGAGCCUUUUGAACCCUUUGCUGCUUUCACUGAAACAACAAACUCCAUCAGUGAAAAUGAACCCGCACUCAGUCCAGCGCCUUCUACUGGCAGAAAAUCCUCUCUUUUUUCAUCACUGUCUCCUUCCAAAAGUUUAGAGACUACAACAGAAUCUUCAAAUUACCAAAAUGGUAAUAAAGUGAAUGGGAAAACUAUACAAACACCGCUCAAAAACAACGUGGAAGAACUAGAUUUAAAUGGAUUAAAGGGAACCCCAAAGUUUUCCAAUAGUUAUCGAGGAGGCAUUGGUGGAAAAAUUACUGCAGCAAAACCAUUUCUUGCAAACAGAAUGACUCAUAUUGACCAGAAGUGGUUGGAAAGAUGUCAGGUUUUUGGAGAACUGGGAGCCGAGGAGAAACCUGUUGUGGGAAACAAGGACGUUUUUAUUGAACAAAAACAAGAUAAAAAAGAUAAAGAGGAACUUGAAUUAAAAUUAAAUCAAGUUGAAAUUGAAAAAGUGUACACCAAGGACAGUAGUAGUCAAAGUACAGGUAGUGAUGGUGGUCAAGAAGUAAAAUUGGCAAGUAGUGUUCUAAAAUCUGAGGUGAACAAAAGUGAGAAACAACGUGUUCAACGCAAAAGAAAAAGUAAAACAGUUGACAAUGAGAUUAAAGAAAUGAACAUGGAUUUAGAACCAUCAGGAAUGACACCUCCACUGACCUCAGAAGAGGGUGUUAAAGCUACCAAAAGAAAGGGGCGAAAGAGGCAGAGACAAGGAGAGGAAGAAGAGGGGGGAGGAGAGGAAGAGGUGACAGAAGCAAAGAAGAAGCGCAGAAGGAAGAAGAAAGAUGCAGACGGCGAGGUUAACGACCAAAGUCCCAAACCAGUGAAAAAACAAAGAGCUAAAAAGAAGAGAGAUGAGGAUGGAGAGGAGGAAGAGGAGAAGAAAGAGAAGGAACCUAAGAAGCCCCCACAGGAAAACUUGUUUGGAGAGGUGGAGGAAAAUUUUGGAGCCAAAAAACUAUAUCAGCCUGGUUUAAACAAGCCGAGGAAUAUGAAAACAGAGGGAAACUUUGUGAAAAUAAACCUAAAGAAGAAAUCCCAUGUGAAAGGAUAUGCACUGAGGGGGAUGGCUCUAAGGCGGCAGAUGUACAUGGAGAAGUUCCAGUUGAAGGGGGAGCGUUUUGGUGGCGGUGGCGGCGGGUUCUUUCGAGGGAGACGAGGUGGAUUCCGAGGGUCACUCAGUCGUCAAGGAGACACCUGCUACAAAUGUGGGGGCACAGGACACUGGGCCAUGGACUGCAAGGGGCGAGCCCCCCCCCCUUCAACACAAGACGAGCCGCCAGCCGAAGAGGAGCCCUUUGAACUUCCCACUCUGGAAGAAGUCGCCAGGGCAACGGGAACUCUGAAAUCUGAGCCUAUAGUUUCACAGAGCAUCAGUGAAGAUUCUAACCAGGACAAUGAUGAAGAGAACAAAAAACGUGAUGAGAUUUUGUUGAAUGUGAUCCGUCCUGACUAUGAGCGCCCUCCUCCUCCCCCACCAAUGGAGCCCCUGUUUCCUCUUGGGGAAAAUGGGAAAGUUCAAGAAACGCCAGCUGAAGUUUUUGCUGGCCUCAAAGAUUUGGGCUAUCAGUCAUUCAGACCUGGACAGGAGGACGCCAUCAUGAGGAUCCUGUCUGGUCUUUCUACAUUGGUGGUACUAUCAACAGGAAUGGGCAAAUCUCUCUGCUACCAGCUCCCAGCUUAUCUGUACUAUCAACGCUCUAAAUGUAUAACACUAGUCAUCUCACCUCUGGUCUCACUGAUGGAUGAUCAACUUUCAGGAAUAUCGCCAAAGUUAAAGGCUGCUUGUAUUCACUCCAACAUGACAAUGAAGCAGAGAGAAGCUGCUAUUGAAAAGGUGAAGGCCAGGCAGGUGUGUGUGCUGCUCCUCUCACCAGAGGCCCUGGUCGGUGGAGGUGGUUCAGGAUCAGGAUGUCUGCCCCCUGCCCAAGACCUCCCCCCUGUGGCGUUUGCCUGUAUAGAUGAAGCUCACUGUGUGUCUGAGUGGUCUCACAACUUCAGACCUUGCUAUCUGAGGCUCUGUAAGGUCCUGAGGGAGCGUCUGGGCGUACAGUGCUUGUUGGGUCUCACAGCUACAGCCACUCUGUCCACUGCGUUGGACAUCGCUCGCCAUUUGGACAUUAAUGACGAAGACGGCAUCGCUGUGAGGUCCGCCGCCGUGCCCCCAAACCUCAACCUCUCUGUGUCUAUGGACAGAGAAAAAGACCAGGCAUUGGUUUCCUUAUUGAGAGGUGACAGAUUUGGAUGUUUGGACUCCAUUAUUGUAUAUUGCACCCGAAGAGACGAGACCACACGAGUUGCUGCACUACUUAGAACCUGCCUGCAGGGGGUGCUAGUUAAAGAAAACCCAAACAUUACCAACAACAGUGAGGCUCAGAGCAACCCUGUAGGACAGAAGAAAAAGGAACUUGCAAGGAAAAAGAUCCGUAAACCAAUCAAAUGGCAGGCAGAGUCGUAUCACGCUGGUCUGUCGGGGUCUGAACGCCGCCGUGUCCAGAAUAACUUCAUGUGCGGGGAGCUGAGAAUUGUCGUGGCAACUGUCGCUUUUGGGAUGGGACUGGACAAAUCUGAUGUCCGGGGGAUCAUACACUACAACAUGCCCAAGAGCUUUGAAAGUUACGUUCAGGAAAUUGGACGAGCUGGAAGAGAUGGAGAGCCGGCCCACUGCCAUCUGUUCUUAAACCCAGAGGGUGAUGAUCUCCAUGAACUUCGUCGUCACAUUUAUGCAGACACAGUGGACUAUUACACAGUGAAGAGACUGGUUCAGAAAGUCUUCCCUCCAUGUAAAUGUAAACAAAUCCACCAGAAACAACAGUUACUUAACAAGGACAUAGAGGACUCUGAGCUACUUGAAAUGAUGGAAGUCUGUGAACAGGAGAAUGGUCUGAUCGAGCAAAUGACACCAUCUAUGAAUAACCAACCAAAAGAUGCACCACAACCAACACCAGUUGAUAGUACUAAACUACCAGCUGAAGCUGAUGCUGCUGCACCUGAGCCUGAAGCCAGAGAUGACAAGUCUGUUCAGCCACAAAGUUCAAAUGUCGACAGUGAAUUAGAAGAAGAAGAAACCGUGACCUUUGAGUGGCCGAAAGAGCGCAUUUGUCACACCCAUGAAAGAGCCAUUCCUGUCCAACAAACUGUGGAGACUUUAGACAUCACAGAGGAGGGUGUGGAGACGUUGCUGUGUUAUUUGGAGCUCCAUCCUCAGCGUUUUGUGGAACUACUUCACCCAACCAUGUCCCAGUGUAAAGUUGCCUGCUACAACGGACCACGACAACUUCAGAAACUCACUAAAAUCUGUCCUCCUGUGGCUGUGGUUCUGGCCCGGAUGCGGAUGGUGGGGCAGCGGGUGGAGGUUCUGGACCAGGUGGAGUUUGACGUGGUGGAGGUAGCAGACACAAUGGGUUGGCAGCUCCCCCUGGUGAAGAGAGGACUCCGGCAGCUACAAUGGAGCUCUGUGGGGGGUCGCAGUGGCGUUAUGGUGGAGUUUUCAGCCCCGUCGUUUUACUUUCGUUCCUAUGGCGACCUCAGCAAUGAAGAGAUGGACCAGGUCUGUCACUUCCUCCACAACAGAGUCCAAAGCCAAGAGGCCACACAGUUGUACCAGCUCACCUCCUGCUUCAAGGCUUUCAAAAGUGUGGCGUAUCAAAGAGUAACUUCCUGUGUUGAUGAUUUGGAUGAGAGCCGUAGUCUUCAGCUCAAAAGUCUCCUCUUUGAAUAUUUUGAAAAGAGGAGAGACCAGCACCACACACUUGCUCCCAUGGAAAUCGAAGAGCUUGACAGAUUUAAGCUGUUGGACUGGGAGGGUCAGAUCAGAGCGGACAUUAGGAGUUUUCUCGCUAACAGAAGUGAUGAGAAGUUUUCUGGACGGGCUGUGGCAAGAAUCCUCCAUGGCAUUGGGAGCCCUUGUUAUCCUGCCAUAACCUAUGGCAAAGACAGACGCUACUGGAGGAAGUACAUUCAGUUUGACUUUAACCAGCUCAUCAGACUGGCCACUCAGGAAAUCAUUAGUUUUAAAUGAUUGAUGGAGGUUAAUGGGUUUUAUUACAUGAUUGGUAGCCACUUAACUUUUAACCGUUUUAAACAAAGUAAAUAUUGUAAUAAAAUAUAUAUUUUUUUAA